AUGUCAACAAUCGGCACAACAACACUUCAAACAACAGCACCAAACUCGUUAGUCAUGAAUCCAACAUCUAUGUUAGUAGAGAUGAAAAGCUUCAUUCCUUCUUCAUAUACUUUUGAAACAGAAAUCCAGAAGAUAAAGCAAGAACUUUUAACAAGUAAUUUAGACUGUAGUGCGAAAGAUGAAGAAAAUGAAGAAUAUCUUUAUGAAAUGCAGGACCUCAUCGACCAUUUACCCAAAUUGCCUGAAAUCCAACAACAAAAACUCACUAUUCCUGAAUUCGACGAAAUUGAAGUCAAAGCAACUGACUCAGUAGAAAUAAAGAAGUUCAUACGAAAGGUAAACUAUGAGUUUCUAGGAUUUCAUUGCAACCAUAAGGUUAUGGACAAAGAUUGCGACAUAGUAUAUAAGAAUGUUUCUGACAUAUAUAAAUCUGAAGAAUUUAAGACCUACGACAACUUUGUUUCGUUAGUUGCUGAAUGUGUAUGGCAGAUAAGAGAUAAAGAUAGAAGAGGUAAAGUAUGGAACAAACAAAUAAGACCCGCUAUGUUUGAGAUGAAGAGAGCAAUUGACGCUUUAGUUGUUUUAGCUGGUUUUAUUUCAGAAUAUAACGCAAAAAUGAACCCGCAAUGUUCUAAAUGUAAAGCAGCAAUGAGGAAAUAUAACUACUCCGUCAAAGAGAUAGAACGUAUGAGAAACGACUAUGCAGACUUAAAGACAGAUAUGUCAAACAUUGAGUUUGAAACAGUUAGAAAGAUAGACAAUGACACCAAAUUGGUUAGAAUAGGUGAUUUAAACGUAAGAUACUCAAAGAAAUACAACAAAUAUUUUUUGUCAGACAUUAUAUCUCCAUCUGGAAAGAAAACAAACCACUGGGUUAGAAAUGCUUCAACUCAGAAAAUUUUGACAAGAAAUCCUGAGCUUAUGAUAUCGGUAAAAUUCUAUGGAACUGCAGCAUAUCUCAUCGACAAAAGUCUUAUACCAAUAGUUUUGUUAUGGUUAGACCAGUUGUUGGAUAUAACUUCAUAA